AUGUUAUUGGGGUCAAGAAUAGCUUCACUCCAUUUGAGAUUGAGCAUCACAUUUCGGAUUGCAGCGAGAUUUUUACAAGAAUUCAAGGGUGACUAUCCUUUCCAUAACUACACACAGCGGUCAAAAUACAGAAGUAAAGCUCAACAAAAGUUAUCCCAGAGAAACGAUCGUCCUCCAAAGAAACCAAAAUCAAUCAAAGCAUUAGAAUCAGAGUUUACAGAGGAAACUCACAGAGAAGUUGAAGAAGAAGAAGACGAAGAAGCAGAGGGUGAAUGUGAAGAACAUGUUCCUGAUUCUGAUAACUCUCAAGCGUACAUUCGUGCACAAUGGCUAUACGAGCCAGAUGAGGUUUGUCGAGGUCUCCAUAUGGGUGAAUCAUUCAUGUUACAGCAGAUACGGAAGAUGAUUGGAACAGCUGUGGCAGUGAAGAGAGAGCUGCUUCCUAGAGACAUCAUCAUACGACUAUCUCUCAACAAGUUCACAAGAAUCGCUUUGCCUCUGGCUCCAUCUGAAGUACUGAUCUUGAGAGGAAACAGUUUCCAAGUGCGUAAAGUUCCGGGGAAGUUCCAGAGGCUGGACAUUGAAGCAAUGUGGGAAUCAGAGGAAGUGAAUAAGGAGAUAGAAUUUUUUUACAGAGCGGUGUUGGUUCCACAGGUGAGUAGAUUCUUGGAUUCUGAGGAAGCGACAUGGAAAGUGGUUGGACCAUUUGGAGAAGAACGAUGGUUUGAUCGAUGA